AAUCUAUAUAAAUAACAAUCACCCCCAAAUCCCACACUUCCUAAAUCUCGCCGGCGAUCUAUACUUCCGGCGCCGGAAUUUCAUAAUGGCGUCACCCCAGACAGACCCCACCUCCCCACCACCCCCAAAACACGAAGAAACCCAUCACCUCCUCCCCCCGAAAUCUUCGGCGAAAAUCCCGCCGGCCCCCGAAAAUUUCGCCGACGAAGUCGCCUACGAGUCCCGGGAGAAAAUCAUGAUCGUCGACCUGGAACUCGAGUCACCGGACGACAUAAACCCCCCACCCUUCUCCUGGACCAAGCUCUGGCUCUUCACCGGGCCGGGUUUUCUCAUGAGCAUAGCCUUCUUGGAUCCGGGCAAUCUCGAAGGCGAUUUGCAAUCGGGCGCAAUCGCGGGUUAUUCGCUACUAUGGCUCCUAUUGUGGGCCACGGGUAUGGGCCUGCUGAUCCAGCUCUUGUCGGUUCGGGUCGGAGUUGCCACGGGGAAGCAUUUAGCUGAGCUUUGUAGAGAGGAGUAUCCUUAUUGGGCCGGGUUGUUAUUGUGGUUUAUGGCUGAAUUGGCCUUGAUCGGAGCCGAUAUUCAAGAAGUGAUUGGCAGUGCUAUUGCUAUUCAGAUUUUGAGCCGCGGGGUUUUACCUCUUUGGGCUGGUGUUGUGAUCACUGCUUCGGAUUGUUUCAUAUUUUUACUACUUGAGAACUAUGGAGUGAGGAAGUUGGAAGCUGUUUUUGCAGUUCUGAUAUCAACUAUGGGACUCUCAUUUGCAUGGAUGUUUGCGGACACAGAACCUAGUGGGAAGGAGCUUCUGAUAGGUCUUUUGGUGCCAAAACUUAGCUCGAGAACAAUAAGACAGGCAGUUGGAGUUGUUGGGUGUGUUAUUAUGCCGCAUAAUGUAUUCCUCCAUUCAGCUUUAGUACAAUCAAGAAAUAUCGACCCAAGCAAGAAAGGACGGGUUCAAGAGGCAGUCAAUUAUUAUACAAUCGAAUCUUCUGCUGCCCUUUUUGUGUCGUUUAUGAUCAAUUUGUUUGUUACAACAGUUUUUGCCAAGGGGUUCUAUGGUACUAAACAGGCCAACAGUAUUGGUCUGGUUAAUGCAGGACAGUAUCUUGAAGAAAAGUAUGGCGGGGGAGUGUUGCCAAUUCUUUAUAUUUGGGGUAUUGGUUUACUAGCAGCUGGACAAAGUAGCACGAUUACCGGCACGUAUGCUGGACAGUUUAUCAUGGGAGGCUUUCUCAACCUUCGGUUAAAAAAAUGGACGAGAGCAUUGAUUACAAGAAGUUGUGCCAUUGUGCCAACUAUAAUUGUUGCUCUUGUCUACAACAGAUCUGAAGCUUCACUAGAUGUCCUGAAUGAAUGGAUUAAUGUUCUUCAGUCUAUACAGAUUCCAUUUGCCCUUAUACCACUCCUCACCUUAGUUUCGAAGGAUCGGAUCAUGGGAGAUUUUAAAAUCGGAUCAUUUAUGCAGAGAGCUGCAUGGACUGUGGCUGCCCUGGUGAUGGUGAUCAAUGGGUAUCUUUUUCUAGAUUUCUUCGUUUCUAAAGUUAAUGGAAUGUUGUUUGGGUUUUUGGUCUGUACCGGAACUGCUGCGUACGUGGCAUUUAUAUCGUAUUUGAUUGUACAUAGUGAUUGCCUUCCUGCCGCUUGGCUCAACCAAAUAUUUUCCAAGGGCUACACAAAUGUUGGGAAAUGAGUAAACAUUGUGUUGGCUUGAGGAACUUCAAAGUAUAAGUUUUUUGAUUCACUGUUGCUGUACUACAGAUGGGCUGUUGAUAGUAUAUUCUUUCAAAACAAAAUAACAGGAUUAAUUACUGACGCUUACAAAUUGAAAUAUCUGAGGUGAUGCAUUUGGUUGUUCUUUCUUUUGGAUACAUGUUGGAGAAGAUAAAAGAACUUCUUGCUGAGGGAAAAGACCGGACAUAUUACAGAUACAUGAACUUGGCUGCUCACCCAAAGAUACAAGGUAAGUUGUUGCAAAAGUUGAGCGAUCAUUGUGCUGGUUCAGAAAUUAUCAACAGGCAUCUGGAUGAUUGGUCGAAGAUGUUAUACUUAACAAGUGUAAAGUAGCUGGCCCAAUUUGUAACACUUUUAUUUGGGUAAAUUUUAACUUUUAGCUUAUUAAGAAGUCACUGGGGCUGUGUUUGUUACUAGUCAUAUGUAUCUAGAUGUCCAGCUAUAGUGUUGUAAGAUAUUAGGUUUGUAUUGCUAAUAAAAUUUUCUGCUAGCAAAGACUUGUGAGGAUGUAAACCAUUUUGGAAUAGGAAAGGGUUUUAAUUUCUUGUUUUAAA